AUGACAGUGUCGGCCGGAAGAGACCUCUCAGGCGCCUUCUUUACAGCCACACAUCACUCGACGACAUACGAUUAUAUCUCGCCCAUACAACUAGACCUACACGGCAGAAACGUCCUGAUCACCGGCGCAGCAUGGGAGGACGGAAUCGGACAUGCCACAGCCCUGGCCUUCGCGCGUGCCGGAGCAUCUGCAAUAGCAGUAGCCGACCUACACGGCGUGUCCAACGAAGUGGCCACGAAGCUAAAGUUGGCCGCAGUGCAGGCCGGACGCCCAGAGCCCAUCGUCCUACGCUGUGCGGUCGACAUUGCAAAUCUGGACAGUGUACGCGGGAUGCACGAGACUGUGUUCCGGGAAUUCGAUGGACGGCUAGAUAUUGUCAUCAACAACGCGGCCUAUAUGGAGCCGGACAAGCCACUGCUUGAUUCAGACCCGGAUAUGUACUGGCGGACUUGGGAGGUCAAUGUCCGCGGCCUGUUUAAUAUGGCUCGUACUUUCCUUCCUAUGCAGCUCUCUACCCGUACCAAGAGCAACGGGCUAUGCAUAAUGAUUAAUGUGUCCUCUUCGGGUGCAUUAACCGCUCGUCCCAGGAACGGGGGUUAUCGCUGUUCGAAGCUUGCAAUAUUAAGGUGGACCGAGUCGAUCCAGUUGGAAUACGGUGGUGAGGGACUUGUGGCUUUUUGUGUGAAUCCUGGUGCGAUCAAAACAAAGAUUACAGAGAAUGCGCCUGAGACUGUACGAAAUGCAUUGCCUGAUCGGCCGGACGUAGCUGGGGAUACAAUUGCAUGGUUGGCGGCUGAACGCAGGGAGUGGCUCGCGGGAAGGUACGUAAGCUGUCAAUGGGAUAUGGAGGAGCUCAUGAAAAAGAAAGAUGAGAUCAUUGAGAACGAUAAGCUUAAGAUGAGGAUGAUGUUCUGA